UUGCCGCUGAAGCUUCCUGGGAGGCGGCCAUUUUCUCCCGUCGAGGCGCGCUUGCGGGAGGCUGGCGGCCUCGUGGGUCGGAGACCCAGGGAGCAGGGGGGGCUGGCCCUAGAGAGCCCUGCGCCGCUGCCCACGGAAGCCAGGCCAAGGCCUCAGUCCUUCUCUUGUAAAGCGGGGCGAGGGGGGGUCGUGCUCAGGAGCCCCCUCCGCCCGCACGCGCGCUAAGGCGACGCGCCCAGUGAAUUUGGCCCCGCCCCUCACCCGCCAAGCACGCUCCAUCAUCAUCAUCCAUGUGGGAAGGGCGGAAGGAAGGUUGCCAACUCUUUCCCCUAGCCAAGCUCCUGCGCAGCUCGCAACGGCGAUUGGUUUUAAGGGCCGUCAAGUCGGUGCCGACUCUUAGCGACCACAGAGAGAGAUUCUCUCCAGGCUGACCUGCCUUCCCCUUGGCCUUGAAGGUCUCUCCGUGGUGCCUUCAUUGCUGUCGUCAUCGAGUCCCUUCCACCUUGCUGCUGGCCGUCCUCUUCUUCUCUUUCCUGUUUUCCCAGCCGCAUGGUGGACUUCUCAAGGGACCUCGCAACGGCACCCUCCUGAAAUCCGGCCAGGGAGGGAACCUUCCUCCCACUGGCGCACGUCAGGGAAAGCCCCACCACCUUCAGGAUUCCUGCUUGCUGCGGUGCCACUGUGUGGAGGGCAGAGGAGCCCUGGCUUGGAACAGGCAAGAAAGCUGGCAACCCUCGCCGAGGGCGGCCUCUUCCUUGGCUGGUGGUGGUGUGGGGGGCAUGUCUACGGCUCACUGCACGACGGCUUUGCCUCGUUCCACCAGGGACCGAUAUGCAACCAGGAUACGCACGGGGGUGGGGGUCCCAGCAAGGCGCCCGCGGGGCUGGCUGGCUGGCUAGGUCGGCCUCUGUCGCUUUCAAUGUGGGCGCCGCCGCACGGUGGUGCCAACCUCCCCGGCUGAAGCUGCAAACAAGAGAAAGUGCUGCUGCUACCCCGCCUCUCCCCAGCCAGAGGAGCCCUUUUUCGCUCCCCGAGCAGGAAGUGAGUCCAUUUUUGCAUGGCCGCCGCCACCACAUCAUCCAGCCAUGGAGGCAGACAACUACCGGGACUACAACUUGACAGAAGACCAGAAAGCCACUAGAGCCAAAUAUCCUCCUAUCACGAAGAAAUACGAGUAUCUGGAUCAUACUGCUGAUGUGCAGUUACAUGCAUGGGGUGAUACCUUGGAAGAGGCAUUUGAACAAUGUGCCAUGGCCAUGUUUGGGUACAUGACAGAUACAGAGACAGUGGAACCUCUGGACACAGUGGAGGUGGAGGCAGAGGGACAUGACAUGCUGUCUCUUCUGUUUCACUUUCUGGACGAAUGGCUGUAUAAAUUCAGUGCAAACGAGUUUUUCAUUCCCAGGGAGGUGAAAGUGCUCUCCAUUGACCGAAUGAGAUUCAGAAUAAGGUCUAUUGGGUGGGGGGAAGAGUUCUCUCUGCCCAAGCAUCCUCAGGGCACAGAGGUGAAAGCAAUAACAUAUUCAGCAAUGCAGAUCCAUGAAGACGAAAAACCAGAGGUUUUUGUCAUAAUUGAUAUCUAAAUGAAAAGUGUGCCAUUAAAAAAAAGAAAAGCAUUACCCUCCUUUACUGGCAGAAGUGCCAUACAGUUCCACCCAGAGGGUCUUUUCCUCCUGGAAAUGACCCAGAAGUUGGCUAAAUGAACAUCUGGAUGACAGCUGGGUGUGAGCCUCCCACCCAGCUCUCAAGGUAUGUACAGCUCCAGUGUGCUAAAAGUUGAGAACAUUGAAAAGAGAUAGUGUCGGUGCCAUCUAUCAUACUGGAUUCAUUUUAUGCCUUGAUCCUUACUGAGAGAGUAUAAAUAACUUGGUGAAAGAUGGAUAUUUUUGGUGAGGGGAAAGGUGAUGGAGGGGGGAAGCUAGAAUGUAAAAGGACAUCCUUUUCUGUCUUAAUUAUACUAGCUCUUCUCUACUAUAUUAUUUGUAAUCUAGAAUCUCUUAUUAAAUGCCUAUCAGACAAUA